AUGGAUAGUCGGUUGAAAGGGAAGGAGGGGUUUAUGGCUUUGAAACUAGACAUGAGUAAGGCUUAUCACCAUGUAGAGUGGCUUUUUCUUGAAGCCAUAUUGAUGAAGCUAGGCUUUGCAGAGAGGUGGGUACAUCUAUUGAUGACUUGUGUGAGAGGUGGUUGGAGAUCUUACAAGUAUCCCUAUUACAUGAGGGGGUGUACUCGGAUAAAUCAUCUCUUUUUUGCAGAUGAUAGUUUGUUGUUUUGUCAAGCAAACUUAAGGGAGUGGGGUAAUAUUCAUUCUAUUCUUCGGAAUUAUGAAGAAGCUUCCAGCCAGCAAUUAAACCAGCAGAAAACUUCUUUAUUUUUCAGCCGGAACACACCUUCAGUGGACCAGGUUUCUAUCACUAGUGCAGCAGGUGUGAAUUCUACCAGUCGAUAUGAAAAUUAUCUUGGCUUACCUGCUCUAGUUGGAAGAUCUAGGAUCUCUAUCUUCAAUGGGAUCAAAGGGCGAAUAUGGAAUAGAAUAAACGGCUGGAAGGAAAAGUUCCUUACACAUGCAGGCAAAGAAGUAUUGAUUAAAGCUGUCUUGCAAGCAAUCCCUACUUACUCAAUGAGCAUUUUUCAACUCCCUAAAUCUCUAGUUAGGGAUAUAAAUACUAUGUUGAAUCGUUUUUGGUCGGGGUUCAAGGAUAACACUCAUAAGAUAGCUUGGAUGAGUUGGAAGGAUAUGGGGAAACACAAGACUUUGGGUGGAUUGGGUUAUAGGGAGCUAGAAAGUUUUAAUUUGUCCUUACUGGCCAAACAAGCUUGGAGGAUUGUUAAGUUUCCAGAUUCACUUGUUGCUAAGGUGUUUCAGGAAAAAUACUUUGCUGGUGGCAAUUUGGAUUCACAAUUGGGGAGUAGGCCUUCUUUUGCUUGGAGGAGCCUUUGGCAGUCUAGAGAACUUCUAUCAAAGGGGUUAAUGUGGAGGGUGGGGAAUGGUGCAAAUGUUAGAAUUUGGGGUGAUCGGUGGAUUAAUUCUACUACAACUCAUAUGAUUCAAGAUACAGUUCAGAUUCUACCUAUAACAGCAGAGGUAGAGGAAUUGAUUAACUUACAGGAAAAUUGGUGGAAUAUCCCCCUCAUCAAGCAGAUUUUUUCACCAACAACUGUGGAAAACAUCUGCUCAAUGGCGAUUUGUCCUCACUUGCUGCAGGAUCGGUUGGUAUGGGCUGAAACUCCUACGGGUGAUUUCUCUAUUAAGAGUGCAUAUCAUUUGGAUGUUAGAAGGCGGUCUAGCUCAGUCCCUAGCACUUUUGUUUCUGGUAUUCCUUCUCCCAUUUGGUCGGCUAUCUGGUCUUUGCAGGGAGCUUCACAUUACUUGGUCUCCACCUCCGUGGGGUUCAAGAUUAACUGGGAUGCGACUGUGGAUCGAAGGAAGAAGCUUAUUGGAAUUGGGUUGGUUGCCCGUGAUCAUUUGGGUGGAGUUUGUGGUGUUAUGUGUUCGACGGUGGCUUAUAUUUCGGAUUCAACCUUUGCUGAAGCACUGACAGCAAGGAAAGGUGUUGAGCUUGCACGAAGGCUGGGUAUUCGGUCAUUUACACUGGAGGGUGAUUCUAUGGUGAUUGUGGAGGAUUUGAAGAAGAGUGAUAUUUCUUCCAGUGUCUAUGGGGGAGUGGUUUGUGACAUUAUUUCUCAUCUCUCUGAUUUUGAGUUGCUUGAUUUUUCUUUUGUUCGUAGAGGUGGUAAUAGUGUAGCCCAUGAAGUUGCUAAGCUUGAUGUUUCUAUGUCUCUCCACCAACUGUGGAUUGACUAUUUUCCUAGUUCUUUGCCAGCAAUAGAUGGAGCCAAAACCCUUAAAGAGGGUAAGAGUCACUUAACAAAGAAAGAAUUUGUGGAUGAGAUGCUAGCUUUCAGGGUGGUGUUUGUACUGUUGGGGAAAGAAAGUACUAGUAAAGGAGUAGAGGUACCAAAACCGGUGAAAGAGCUAUUGAAGGACUUUGAUGAUACUUUUACGGAGGAAUUUAUGGGUUACAUGGAGGAGGCGAACAAGAACAAUGAUCAAAAUUUGGUUAUUGAUUAUUUGCCAAAGCUUGGCAUGGAGUUUGGUUCUGAACAAGAGGCAUACGAAUUCUAUAAUGAGUAUGGACGGAAUUAG